UGAGAAAACAAUGAAAUUGUGAAAUAAAUUACAGACAACGACGUGUAGUUUGUCCUUUCUUUGAACUUUAUUUCAAAUCGUGAAUUUAAUUUUGAAUUGAAUUUUUAAAUAUUUGUGUGAAGGUGUAAAAAGUAGAAAUCAAAAAGAUGCCAGUCGAUUUGGAAGAAUUUAUUAAUGGAAUUGCGCUUUUGGCAGAUAAUCGUAAUAUGCGUGUUACGUUAAAGCAAAGUGGUAAAGGUGCAGCUGUUUGUGGUGCAAUGUGCUUUAUUGGCGGUUUAAUUGGUGGCCCUGUUGGUCUUGCUGUCGGAGGCACAGUAGGUGGUGUAACUGCAUACAAAAUGUCUAGCAAUUUCCGAACCGUCGGUGAUAUCAUUCAGAACGAAUUAACGCAAGAGGAGAAGUGGCGUUUACAAGAACACAUUGUCAAUUCCGUGCGACAAAUUCAUCCGACCGAUAUCGCAAUGCUGUUACCAUUGAUUAUGAACACACCAUCGUUACAGGAAGCAGUUUUAAAGACAGUCGUCACAUUUAUUACAAACGAAAUGCGCUAUACGAUCGCCAAUUGAUUUGUGUAACCUUUGAUCGCAUCGCACUCCAAUCUUUAUUAAGAGCCAUAUCGUUAUAAUUUGUUUUACUUUUCCUCAAAUCUAAUUCGCGAGUAGGAUUUUAUACAAUUAGUGAUUAUGACAGAAUUUUAGAUCGAUUUAAAUGGGCACGAUUUCGCAUUGAUUUUUAACGAAAUUGUGAUAGUUGUAGAUAAUAUUUGUACUUUUUUAUGUGUGAAAAGAUGUAAAUGCAAAUUGGAUGAAAAUUUUUUUUAGAAAAUAAAUUAUACAAAAGAAAACCUUGCACAAUACAUUUUCGAAUUUGAUUGAAGGGGUUAUGCAUCACAGCAGUG